UUUAGAAAAAAUGAAGAAAACCGUUGACAUUAUUCCUAAACUAUAGCCUACUGUGGAAUGGGAAUGAAGAGCAGGGAUAUUCCAGAUCAUGCGAUUACUGCAUCAUCUUAUUCUAAUUACCAACAUGCCGCUCAUCAUGGACGAAUGGAUGAAAAUGCUAUUUUCCAUACAGCUUCAAAUGGAUUUAGUGUAGGUGCCUGGUGCUCCGGAGAAAACACAAAUCGUGAGUGGAUUCAGGUUGAUUUUCAACGUCCGAGAUUUAUAGGUGGAAUAGUAACACAGGGACGCCCAAUUAAAUACGGAUGGGACUUCAAUCAGUGGGUAAAAACAUACAAAGUAGCGUGUGGGAAUUCAACUUCUACUCUGAGAACUAUAACGGAUAAUGCUAUUGACAAAGUCUUUUUAGGAAACACGGAUGGGAAUUCUAAACUGAUUAACAUGUUUUCCAAACCUCUGAUUUGUCGCUUUGUUCGUUUGUACCCAUUAUCAUGGAAUUAUCACCAAUGCAUGAGAAUGGAAGUAAUUCGAGGCGAAUGUCACGACUUGUUCUAAGAAUCCAUGCUAUUCGACUUUGA